UGAUAGCCACUGCUGGCGGGAAGGAGAGGGGGACCAGCAGUCAGAGAAAGGGAAGCAAUAAUUAUAGCCCUAGGCUUGCUUGUUUGUAGUCAGAGUUUCUGUUAUUACGGAACUACUCAGAACAGAUCUUUGCGAACUGUCUGCCACUUAUACCAACUGUUUUGUUGUUCCUUCUAAAAGUUUGCUAUUCUUUUUUCCCUUACGAUUUUCUGCUAUUUCAAAUCUGCAUGCAGACUGGGGCAUUAGCUCUGAUUUAUGCUUUUCCAUCUUCUAUAAACAAAUGGUAACAUUUGAGACCGUACAAGUACUUUCUCUGGACUGAAGUACCUUGGAGAAAAAGCCUUUGUUUUGGAGGUUUUUUGAGGGAUGGGAGGGACAGAGGAAGUGCCUUGUCUUGAUUAAAGUAGCAAAAACAGUUUUCAAAGAAUUUGUGCCUAACAUUUUAUAACAAAAUCACCCCUCAUUUAUAUUUCUGCAUUAAAAUAAUGUAAGUAAUCAGUAACGAGGAAGCCUAAGAACCCCCCUUUCUCCACUCUAUUCCAGAACUAGGAUUCUAGCUCCCUGCAUACCUUUUUAUAGUAAGACCCACUGCACACUUCUAAUUCACUGAUCAUUAACCCUAUUUGUCGUCUGCUUGUCACCACCAUCCCCUUAUUUAUAGCUGUAACUGGAGACAUGAAAAUUAUGCCUUAACAGUGAGCUUCCCCGCACCUUCAUCCUGCCUCUCUUAGCUGGAUCCUGCUCUCCUGAACUGAUCAGAACAUACAAAUGUAACCACCCACCUCUAGGAGGAAAAUUGAGCUGCAGCCCUGGUGAAACAUAAAGUUUAUUUUGACUAAAAGUGACGCAAAAAUUCUUAAAGAGCUCUUUGGCAGCAGAUUAUCUGGAAAUCAGACCAUGUGAGGGGGAUUGGUGUACAAAAACCUCACCAAGAUGCUGAGUUGCCACAGGCUGAGUUUCAGAGGCUCUGAAGUAAAUGUAGGGUUAGGGUUACUCAGUCUUGGAUAACUCCAGGGGAAAGCACCUCAGAUUCAUCUGAAAGGCAGCUGUGUGUGUCUGCAGUCCUGUGGAUGUAAAGACUACGGAGUUUCUGGCGGCAGUGGGAAGACAGAGCUUCAAGCAGCCACUUGACACAAGGGGAUUCUGGUCCAGGUCAUUCACAAAUGGACAGCAGCACCAUCUCUUAACCAGCAGAAUGGAGAAGUCAUCCAGCAAUGAGACCCAGAGUCUUACUUCUAAGAAAGAGCUCUUGGACUGUACGGAAGGUGAAGAUUGCAAAGAGAAUGGACUCCUGGUUAAGAACCCUAAAUCCGCCCUGAAGCUGGUGGAGGAUGGGAAUAAGGUCCACCCCAGCCAGGGAGAUAAAGGGGAAGCAGGUCAGAUCUCCAAUGGCUACUCAGUGGUUCAGAGCCCAGUUCCUGGCAAUGGAACAGGAGAUGGGGAAGAUGUCCAGUGCACAGCCCCAGCAGCCACCACUACCACCACCACCACCACUUCCACCACUUGUGGGGUGGAGGCUCAACCACAGCUGCUGGAGCUGGAGGAAAGAGAGACCUGGAGUAAAAAAAUGGACUUUCUUCUCUCUGUCAUUGGCUAUGCAGUGGAUCUGGGCAAUGUAUGGCGAUUUCCCUAUAUAUGCUACCAAAAUGGAGGAGGAGCGUUUCUCAUCCCGUACACGAUCAUGGCCAUCUUUGGAGGCAUCCCCCUCUUUUACAUGGAGCUAGCACUGGGACAGUACCACAGGAAUGGGUGUAUCUCAAUUUGGAGGAAAAUUUGUCCUAUUUUCAAAGGAAUUGGCUUUACUAUCUGCAUAAUAGCUUUCUACAUAGCCUCUUACUACAAUACCAUCAUGGCUUGGGCCCUCUACUACCUCAUUUCAUCCUUCACGGCAGAGCUGCCAUGGACCAGCUGCAAAAAUGCUUGGAACACUGGCAACUGCACCAACUACUUCACCAAUGCCAGCAUUACCUGGACCCCACACUCCAUCUCCCCUGCAGAAGAAUUUUAUACCCGCCACGUUCUACAGGUGCAAAGAUCCAAAGGGCUGGAUGAUCUGGGAGGCAUUAGCUGGCAACUGACCCUCUGCUUAUUGUUGAUUUUCACUAUUGUGUACUUCAGCAUCUGGAAAGGGGUCAAAACAUCUGGCAAGGUGGUGUGGGUGACUGCCACAUUCCCUUACAUCAUACUCUUUAUCCUGUUAAUACGAGGGGCCACAUUGCCUGGAGCCUGGAGGGGAGUUGUCUUCUAUCUGCAACCUGACUGGCAGAAACUGCUGGCCACUGAGGUCUGGGUGGAUGCUGCAGCUCAGAUUUUCUUCUCUCUUGGUCCAGGUUUUGGGGUCCUACUAGCUUUUGCCAGCUACAACAAAUUCCACAACAACUGCUACCAGGAUGCCUUGGUUACCAGUACUGUGAACUGCAUGACUAGUUUUGUGUCUGGAUUUGUCAUUUUCACUGUGCUUGGAUAUAUGGCUGAAAUGAGGAAUGAAGAGGUGUCGGAGGUUGCAAAAGAUACUGGGCCCAGCCUUCUCUUCAUUACCUAUGCAGAGGCCAUUGCAAACAUGCCUGCUUCGACUUUUUUUGCCAUCAUCUUUUUCUUGAUGUUACUCACUCUGGGAUUAGACAGCACGUUUGCAGGGCUGGAGGGGGUGGUCACUGCGGUGCUGGACGAAUUCCCACAUGUUUGGGGAAAGCGCAGGGAAUGGUUUGUCCUUGGUCUGAUCAUCGCUUGCUUCCUGGGGUCAUUAACAACCCUGACAUUCGGUGGUGCAUAUGUAGUGAAGCUGUUUGAAGAAUAUGCUACAGGCCCUGCUGUCUUAACAGUGGUGUUUCUGGAAUCCAUUGCGGUGGCCUGGUUCUAUGGCAUCAACCAGUUUUGCAGUGACAUGAAGGAAAUGCUGGGCUUCACUCCAGGCUGGUACUGGCGACUCUGCUGGGUAGCAAUCAGCCCCAUCUUCCUCUUGUUCAUCAUUUGCAGUUUUAUGUCCAGCCCUCCUGAUCUACGGCUUUUUGAUUACAAUUAUCCCUACUGGACCACUAUAGUGGGUUACUGCAUAGGAACCUCCUCUGUUAUCUGCAUUCCAAUCUACAUGGCUUAUCGGUUGAUAAUCACCCCAGGAACAUUUAAAGAGCGUAUUCUAAAAAGCAUUACCCCGGAAACAGCCACAGAAAUUCCCUUUGGGGACAUCCGCAUGAAUGCAGUUUAAGUAACAUUUUGGGGGGGAGGGGAAAAGGUGUAAAAGUUUAACUUUCCCCAUGCUUCCCAACCCUCCAUAUUCCCCUUUCCAAAGAAUUGAGUUUCCAGCUGAGCCAAGGAAUGGGUGGGCAUUUUCCAUGGAGGCCAAGACAACGGCAAUGUGCAUCUGGAAAAUUGGUGCCUCCAGCAUACAGAUCCAAGCAUGUCAACAAAAUUUGCUGCGCACUUCAAACCAGACUACGAGUUCACUGCUGAACUGAUUCAUUCUGAAAACAUGAGGAUGCAUAACCACUAUAGGAUGAGUAUCAUCUAUUAGGAUUAGAUUUAGAACCUCAAAUCUGUGACAGUACUCCUGUAUUUUUCUCAAUGUGAUCAUUUGUACUGGACCAUGUUGUAUUUGCUUCUAAAGAUCUCAUUGCUUAAACUGAGUUGAAAAAUACAGGAAAAUAGUUCUGAUAGCCAUAUAUUACCUGAGUAAUACAGCGUUUUCUUGCUUAAAAAUAAUAGGACCCUCAGAUCCUUGUUUUGCUGUGGAGUAGGCAGAGAAAGAAACAACCCUGAAAAGCACUAUGUAUGAAGACUGUGUUCAGUUGCACACACGGUAGCAUUAUUCCCCUUCCUUCUUUAUACCACUUACU